AUGAAGCUCCAACCCUGUUGGCUGCUUCUUCUAAUAUACUUUUAUGAAUUUUCUCGAUACGAUGCUGCUAAUUCUUCUCAGCUUGCAUCUGAAACAAAUGCUUUGUUGCAGUGGAAAGCCAGCCUUGACAAUCACAGUCAAGCUUCUCUCUCCUCAUGGACUGCCAAUACUUCUUGCAAUUGGCUCGGAAUUACAUGUGAUGACUCCAAUUCUGUGUCCAAAAUAAAUCUUACAAGUAUUGGAUUAAGAGGUACGCUUGAAAAUCUCAACUUUUCCUUCCUUACAAACAUUCGCACUCUGAUUGUGAGUAACAACUCCUUGAAUGGGAGUAUACCUCCUCAAAUUGGACUCCUGUCCAAUCUCCAUACUCUUGAUCUCUCUGUUAAUGAACUCUCUGGCAGCAUUCCUAGUACCAUUGGUGACCUAUCCAAACUUUCAUAUCUUAGUCUUAGUACAAAUCAUAUCUCUGGGAUUAUUCCUUCUCAAAUAACCCUCUUGAUUGGCCUUCAAACAUUGUUCAUGGGUUACAAUAUUUUUACUGGCUCCCUUCCUCAAGAAAUAGGGAGACUAAGGGAUCUGAGCAUACUUGAUAUUCCUUUGUCCAAUCUCACAGGUACAAUCCCAAUCUCCAUAGAGAAGUUAUCCAAUUUGUCUCAUCUAGAUGUUGGAGGCAACAACCUUUCUGGCAGCAUUCCUCAGAGAAUUUGGCAUAUGGACCUUCAGCAUUUGUCUCUUGCGAAUAAUAACUUUAAUGGCUUCAUCCCCAAAGAAAUUGUGAAUUUGAGGAACCUGGAGAUUCUAUAUCUUCAUAAUAGUGGCCUUUCCGGCACCAUGCCCGAAGAAAUUGGGAUCUUAGGGAAAAUAAGAGAGCUCGACAUGAGCAAUUGUAGUCUUAUUGGGUCCAUUCCUACUUCAAUUGGAGCUUUGACCAAUAUAACACUUCUCAAGUUAGAAGACAAUCAACUUUUUGGUCAGAUUCCUCUUGAAGUUGGAAAGUUGAUUAACCUCAACGGUCUAUAUCUUGGAGAUAAUCAUCUUUCUGGCUCAAUUCCUGAUGAAAUUGGACUUCUGAAAAAUCUCAGUCAACUUGAUUUGUCUAGUAACUUUCUCUCUGGGAAAAUCCCCUCCACAAUUGGAAACUUAAGCAAUUUAGUGUAUCUUUACCUUUAUGGAAACAGAUUCUCUGGUUCUAUCCCUGAUGAAGUGGGAAAUCUCCGUUCUCUUUUCGAACUCCAAUUGUUGGACAACAACCUCUUUGGACCAAUCCCGACUUCCAUAGGUAACAUGGUCAAUUUGAAUAACAUUCGUCUUGAUAAAAAUAAACUCUCUGGAUCAAUUCCUUCAACUAUUACAAAUUUGUCAAAGCUGAGUGGAUUAUAUUUAUCAUCAAAUGAACUUACUGGACAAAUCCCGGCUCCCAUUGGAAACAUGGUCAAUUUGGUCUCCAUUUUUCUUCAUGUAAACAAUUUCUCUAGAUCUAUUCCGUCCUCUAUUGGAAAUUUGUCGAAGCUAAAUGUACUAUAUUUAUCAUCAAAUGAACUUACUGGACAAAUUCCUUCCACUAUUGGAAAUUUGUCGAAGCUUCGUGAAUUAUCUUUGAUUGAAAAUUAUCUUAGCGGCAAGAUUCCAAUAGAAAUGGUCAGACUCACUGAUUUGGAAAAUUUGCAGCUAGCUGAUAAUAAUUUUGUUGGUCAUUUACCUCAGAACGUUUGCAUUGGUGGAAAGUUGCAAUACUUUUCUGCUAGCACUAACAAUUUCACAGGCCAUAUUCCGGAGAGUUUGAGGAAUUGCUGCAGCCUUAGAAGAGUCAGGCUUCAGAAAAAUCAAUUAACUGGAAAUAUAACAGAUGCUUUUGGUGUACUUCCAAACUUGGACUAUCUUGAAUUGAGUGAAAAUAAUUUUUAUGGUCACCUUUCACCUAAUUGGGGGAAGUUCCGUAGCCUCACAAGUCUCAAGAUCUCUAACAAUAAUUUAUCAGGCGUUAUACCAACAGAGCUAGGCGAGGCAACCAAAUUAGGUGUACUUUGGUUAUUCUCAAAUCAUCUUACAGGAAAUAUUCCACAAGAGUUAAGUAACUUGGCUUUUUUGUUUGAUCUCUCACUCGACAGCAAUAAUCUUUCAGGAAAUGUUCCCACAGAAAUAGCUUCAAUGCAGAAUCUUCGAAUUUUGAGGCUUGGGUCUAAUAAUUUGUCUGGCUUAAUUCCAAACCAACUUGGAAAUUUGCUCAAUUUAUUGAACAUGAAUUUGAACCAGAAUAAAUUUGAGGGAAAUAUUCCUUUAGAGUUUGGCAAAUUGAAUUCUCUUACAAGUCUUGAUCUUAGUGAGAAUUUGUUGACAGGAAGAUUAACACACAUGCUUGGAGAAUUGAGAAAAUUAGAAACAUUGAAUCUUUCUCACAAUAAUCUUUCAGGUGAUCUUUCUAGCUUUGAUGGUAUGGAAAGCUUGACAUCUAUUGAUAUAUCUUACAAUGAGUUUGAGGGUCCACUUCCAAACAUUUUAGCCUUCCGCAAUGCUACAAUUGAAGCAUUAAGACAUAAUAAAGGCUUGUGUGGCAAUGUUAGUGGCUUGGAGCCUUGCCAAACAUUAACCACAGAACAUUUUGACGACAGGCAUCUUAUUGGAGUUGGAGGCAAAGGACGAGUAUACAAAGCAAUGUUGCCCACAGGUCAAGUUGUUGCUGUAAAGAAACUGCAUUCAGCUCCAAAUGGAGAAAUGUUCAAUCAAAAAGCUUUCACAAGUGAGAUCCAAGCUUUGACAAAAAUUCGACAUCGUAACAUUGUAAAGUUAUAUGGGUUUUGUUCACAUUCUCAAAUCUCAUUUUUGGUGUGUGAAUUUCUUGAGAAGGGCGAUGUGGAGAAGAUUUUGAAGAAUGAUGAACAAGCAAUUGCGUUUGACUGGAAUAAAAGAGUGAAUAUUGUUAAAGGGGUAGCAAAUGCUUUAUGCUAUAUGCAUCAUGGUUGUUCACCUCCAAUUCUACAUCGUGAUAUAUCAAGCAAGAAUGUUCUUUUGGAUUCAGAAUACGUAGCUCAUGUCUCAGACUUCGGAACAGCCAAGUUUCUUAAUCCAAAUUCAUCAAAUUGCACCUCAUUUGUAGGAACUUUUGGAUAUGCUGCUCCAGAACUUGCAUACACAAUGGAGGUAAAUGAGAAAUGUGACGUGUAUAGUUUUGGAGUGUUGGCAUGCGAAAUACUUCUUGGAAACCACCCAGGUGAUUUUAUAUCUUCUUCGUUGCUAUCAUCUUCAUCUACUGGUGUGACCUUAAAUCUUGAUCCUCUGGUAUUGAUGGAUAAGUUGGACCAACGUCUCCCUCAUCCAACAAAACUUAUUGUUGAGGAGGUUGCAUCAAUUGCGAAGGUAGCACUAGCAUGCUUGACUGAAAGUCCACGAUCUCGCCCUACUAUGGAGCAUGCUGUCAAUGAUUUUGAAAUGUAA